UAUGUCCUACAGGACGUUGUGGGGGGGGGGAUAAAUUGUGCAAACGCCUGCGGAGAUUGUGUAUCAGGAAAUUGCCGACAUACAGAUGGUGUUUGUGAUGGGGGUUGUGCUGCAGGGGUGAAAAGCACUCCUCACUGUGACGAAGAAUGCCACGGUGGAAGCUAUGGUAUCAAUUGUUCCGGAGUUUGCAGCAAUACAUGCAAAGAUGUAUGCAGGAAGCAGACUGGAGAGUGUAAAUAUUGUAAAAGUGGCUGGCAUGGUGCAAAUUGCACGCUAGAAUGCAAAGAUGGAAGCUGGGGUGAAAACUGCAAACGAACUUGUUUGACAUGCCGUAAUGAAACAUGCAACAGAAUUAACGGGGCUUGUUAUAGCCAGUGCAAGCCUGGUUUCAAACAAACAGAAUACUGUGAUCAAGAAUGCAGCAGUGGAUGGUAUGGGUUAAACUGCUCUGAAGAAUGUACUCGUAACUGCAAAGACGUUACAUUCUGCAGGAAGACGGACGGGUCAUGCAUAGAAUGCAAACCUGGACUGGAAGGGAAAAUAUGUGACCAGGCUGUUCAGCAGAAGGAAACGAUGAUGCAUAUUUCUGGAGGAGGAAUUGCGGCGAUUGUUGUAACUUUUAUUGUUCUGAUUUUCUUCAGUGUUGUUGUUACGGUAUUCAUUUCAAGGAAAAGGCUACAUAUAAAACACAACAAAUUUGAAAAUGAAACAGUGUCGUAUUCAAACGUGUUAGCCGCAGAGACUAGUGGGUCCGUUUUGAAAACGCCAGAAUCGAACCUGAAUGUGGAAAUGGAGAAUGUUUACGACAUUAUAAAAAGGACAAGCGGUAUUGAACAUACCUAGGAGUAAUAUUGAUGCAGGAAGUAAUCGUGUCUUGCUUUUUGUACAAAUUUAAGCAAAUUUCUGAAGCAUAUCGACAACGAGUGAACUUUACUAGGUUUGCAAAUAUUUAUUAACGUAUAUUCAUGUAUGUUUUGAAUGAAUAUGCAAGGGACGAAAACUUGGAAAAAACAUUCCAAAGUGUAAUAGCC